CUGGAAAGUGGGGAACGGCCGACUGAUUUUAUCCCCUUCUGUACAGUUUAACCCCUUCUCCCCGUUGACCUCGACGGUUGAGACUGACCAUUUUGCCCAACCACUGUCUAUGCCUCUACAGAAUACUGCUUGAUAUAAUCGGACAUACAGUUGGUGAGCAUUGGAUCAAGGUUCUCUUGAGACAAAAGUCCCAAUUCCCGGUGGAGCAAUCAGCAAAAUCCGCUAAUUUGCUCUGCGGCUCCUUCCGUCAAUUUGUUUUGUCCUUUUCAACUCUUUGAAAGGACUCGUUGAUAUUCAUCGGCAAAGAACACUCACUGUCAACUCUGACAGACUUCGAAGCCACACUUCAACGCGCUCGACGCGUUGUGUGAGACAUCCUAGUUUACAUCAUCAUUGAAAAGUUCUCCAUAGGAACAAGUCGAUAUGAUACACUGGAUCCCACCCGUCACUAAAAAAUCGUUCAAGAAGCAGCCGCAUCCUUACGCCUCCACGCUGCACAUCAGUGACAACUGGAACACGAUGCAGGAAGGCCAACAGGCCUUGGAAGAAGCAGAGUCAGACCUCCAAGAGAAUCCUCAGCCGGGACCUUCAUCAGCUUCUCAACUUCAGCCCGGUACCUUGACGGCAUCGCCCACCUCCAUCGACCCGAUUUCAGACAUGGGCCAGGCUGCUAGUACCAGCGCCGAAUCUGCUGCCGAGUCUACCACCGAAUCACCCACAGACAAGACACCCACUCAGUCAACUAGUCAACCAGCCGGUGGUGUCUCAGGUACACCACAGCCUGCGGCCAUGUCUGCCCCUGCUGCUGCUACUGCUUCCGCGUCUGCAUCUGUUGCUCCCGCUCCCACACCACCAGCUCGCUCUCCUCGACCAAAUUACCCACCAUAUGCCACCCGUCCUCCUCUCCCAGACGUAAACGUCACGUCAGAGACAAUAGAGGAUGCCUAUGUCGACUUCAUCUUCCACUGCAAUCCCCAUGUGCCGUUGGACACCGACACCAUGGUGCUCCGGGAUACCUUCUCAGAUCCCCCAAAAAGUGGUGGCAAGUCCUUCAACACAUUUGUCCUCUUCGGCCUGAUCAAGCAGCUGGAGACCAAGGAAAUCAAGACAUGGGCGGAAUUGGCCCUCAAGCUGGGUGUUGACCCACCUGACACGGACAAGGGCGAGAGUUCGCAGAAAAUUCAGCAGUAUGCUGUUCGUUUGAAGAGAUGGAUGCACUCAAUGCAUAUUGACUCGUUUUUCGAGUACCUUGUCGGACGGGAGCACGAGUACUGGGUAGAUAUCCCUUCGCUGGCUAUUCCGCUCAGCGAAAUUGAAAGAGACGGUGUCCGUGCCGAGGAUGAUAUGGCCCUACGAGCUUUGUUGCCGCAUAUCAGACCAAGGCGAGGCAGGAGGAAGCCCGGAGAGGAUGAUGCUCAGUCCCCUUUGCCUCCAGGUGGAGAACCUUGGUCUGCUCACCCAGCUCAAAGAGGAAGUGUCUUCACGUUUGAUAACACAAGGCUUGGAGUGCCUGGUCAAGGAGCUCCGUGGGGUAACAAUGAUGGGGGUCAGACGCCAAUGACUGCUUAUCCCCAGUCUGCCAUUACUCCUACCACGAGAACCAACUUUUGGUCUGAUGAGCCUAGGUCGGCUAUCACCCCAUCAGGUUCAAAGCCCAAGUCUCUGAGUAGGCGACACGGGGCUAAAGUGGUAUCGUCGGCAUGGCGGACUGGUGGAGCCACAGGUAGAGUCCGAGGACGACCGCCUAUCAACCGACAACUCAACAGUGAUGGCCCCUUUUCAGCCUUCCCGGCAUCGAGUGAUUCGCCUCACUACGGAAAGCACACCUUUCCCAAUAACCCACCGCCGUCACAAACCCCAAUUCUGCCUCCUCCACGACCAAAUCCCCCAGCAGCCACUCAAACCCCAACAUCCGCAACGGCUCAACCAUCACCAACGGUCCGAGAAGCCCCAGCUCCAGCAGCAUCCGGCCGUCCAGCAAAGCGCACCCGCCUCUCCCUCCAAGUCCCCGAGCGCGUAGGCAACGAAGUCCGCCUCGCCACUCCUCCCCUCCUAGCCCCCGCCCCGCCUACGCUCAUGGUAAACGGCCAAGCGCAGCCUGCUGCUUCCAACACCCACCCCCAAUACGCCCAAAUCAGCAGCCAACACCACCAAGCCUCACAACCCACCCUCCUCCCUUCUGGUCCAUCUUCCUCCUCCUCCGCACAUCCUAACCCCAACCCCAUCCCCUCCUCCUCCUCCCUCACAGGCCACGGCCCCCUCGGCCCCUCCCCCUUCACGCCCUCCUCGCUCGCCGACCCUGCCGUCGACAAAUACAACCUCCUCGACGUCGAGUCCAUCUUCAUCCACCAGAUCUUGACGGCUACCUGGCUCGAUAGCGCGGGUAACCCGAUCCCUGCUUGUUCGGUCGACGAAGCGUUUGCGUUUUGUCACACGGUUAUCGAGAACUUCCAUCGGAAUGCGACGAAUAGGGAGGGGUUCCUGAUUAAUCUUGCCGCGCUGGCGGGGGGGUAUAGUCUCAUGAAUCGAGAUGGGGGACCUGCCGGGAGGGUGGAUGCGGGGCAGGGAGUUGGGGGUGGGCCGGGGAGGGGGUUGAGGGUUACGAAAUUGGGGGAGGGGGUUGAUGAGCCUGGGACUGGAGGGGAGGGGGAAGGAGGUGGGAAGUGGAUCAAGGUUUUGGCGGUUUGGGAACUCAGGUUGGGAGGGAUAUGUGGGAAUUUUUCGAUGGAGGAGGUGGUUAGAGUAGGGAAGUGGGGUGGUGGGGGGAAGAAGAAGGCUGAUGAGUCUUCUUCUGCUGAGAAUGCUGCGGUUGGUGCAGAAGGAGAGAAUAACGGGGAGGGAUCAAGUGCUGGUGGUGAAAAGAGUGGUAGAGGAGGGAAGAGACAGGGUAAGAAAUUAUCGAAGAAGGAGGAGGAGGAACUGGAGAAAAAGAAGAGAGAGGAGGAGCUGAAGAAGGCUGAGGAAGAGAAAAAGAUGUGGCAAGCAAAGUUUAUGGAGAUGGUGGCUGCGGUGAAGAAGAGGGAUGAGGAGUUGGCCAUGUUGAAGGGGACUAUGUUGCAUGCUUUGAGGGAGAGGGAGGCAUAGUACAAGAAUUUUGACUCAUACGUUGAUCACAUACCCCGAGUUACGAAACAAGAAUAUCAAAUAAAACUAUUGCCAGUGUA